AUGGGAUUGUUUAAAGGGGCAGCGCUGGAAAAUUUCGUGGAGCCGUAUGCAGAGAUGCUGCAGCUUCCGCACCUUCCGGCUCAUAUAAGCACAAUCCUGCGUUCCUUUUUGUUUUGGUGCUCACUGCAGCUGCUUUCCGCUGGUAUCUCGCCCAAGUUGUUCCCCAAUGCAUUUGCCAAGAUGCGUGCGCGCACCAAGGUGCAGUGGGACAUUCAUUUCGUCUCUCUUGUGCACUCUUCCUUUAUUGCUCCGAUUGGACUGUACAACUUUUUCUACCCCGACAAAAACCUCGAUCCAUUUUUUGGAUACACGUACCAAAUCGGUCAAAUGUACGCAAUUGCAAUGGGCUACUUUAUUUGGGACAUUAUGAUCUCGGUGCGCUAUGAAGGCCUUCCAUUUAUCCUGCACGGCCUGCUUUCUUUUAUCGCGCUCGCACUUGCAUUCCGCCCGCUGCUCAUGGUGUACGGCGCCGUGUUUGUGAUUUGGGAGGCGAGCACGCCGUUCCUCAAUAUUCACUGGUUCUUGGACAAGAUGGGAAAGACGGGGACCAAGGCGCAAUUCGUCAAUUCGCUUUUCCUGCUUGCCUCGUACAUGGCUUCGCGCAUGGUGCUGGGCGCUGUGUGUGCCUAUAAUCUCGUCUACCACCUCUGGUUCGUCGAGCAUGUGCGCGACAAUGUCCCAGUGCCCUUGCGCUUGUUCUACACGAUCGGCGUGUCUUCGCUAAUGCUUUUGAACUACAUGUGGUUCUUUAAAAUGGUGCGUGCCGUGCGGAAACGUUUCGAGCCAGCGGACGCGAAAAAAGCGCACUAG